AUGUCAGGCCGCGAAGGUGGCAAAAAGAAGCCCCUAAAACAGCCCAAGGCGAUGGACGAGGAAGAUAAGGCUUUCAAGCAGAAACAAAAAGAGAAGAAACUCGAGGAGCUAAAAGCCAAGGCCGUGGGGAAGGCACCCCUGGCCACAGGUGGAAUUAAGAAAUCUGGCAAAAAGGAAACUCUAGAAUGA